AUGAAACAAAGAACUGAAACAACUACUUCCAAUGAAUCCAAUUCUGACAUGAUUGAACGCGUUUUGGAAGAACUGAGCAUCAAACACAUGGAACGCUGCAUUAGGAAACGCGACCAAAUUGAGCAAGAAUUUACAAAGCAGAUAGAACAUGAAAAAGCACAACUAACGAAAGAAUUAAAACUUCUACAAAGUAAAAACGAGGAGAAUGUACAAAGAAAAACGAGCCGCUUGGACGAAAUUAAAUCUCGUCGUGCGCUUUUGGAAACACAAAGAGAAGCUCUUGGAAAGCAGAUUCGCCAAGAAUUGGGAAACUACCUUGGAAAGCUGCAAUCACUCGUUGAAUCAAACUAA